CCGGGCUACUCAGCCUGUGCUACGGUGGCCUGCAGAGAACGCUUUUUAGAAGCGGGUUUCCGAGGACUAGCUAACAGGUGAGUGGACAUUUAAUGUUUUUUUUCAGCUUCUUUGAGGAAGAAUCGUGGUAUGGAGAAUGGUAUAAAAGAAAGUCAAGUGGGUCUAAGCAAAAAUGGCAAGCAUACUGUACUGCCUUCUGCUAUGAAAGAAAACAAAAAUGGUAAAGUAGUCCUUAACUCCUUAAUGUCUGGAGCUUUGGCGGGUGCUGUUGCCAAGACUGCGGUUGCCCCACUGGAUCGAACCAAAAUCAUCUUCCAAGUGUCUUCAAACAGAUUCUCUGCUAAGGAAGCCUACAGGCUGAUAUAUCGCACUUACCUCAAUGAGGGAUUCCUGAGUCUCUGGAGAGGCAAUUCGGCCACUAUGGUGCGGGUCAUCCCCUAUGCUGCCAUACAGUUCUGUGCUCAUGAACAGUAUAAAAACCUGCUUGGCAGCUAUUAUGGCUUUCAAGGAGCUGCUUUGACGCCCAUCCCCCGCCUUCUGGCAGGAGCUCUCGCAGGUACAACAGCUGCAAUGUUGACUUAUCCACUAGAUCUGGUUCGUGCACGUAUGGCUGUCACACCUAAGGAGAUGUACAGUAGCAUUUUUCAGGUCUUCAUACGCAUGUCCAAAGAAGAAGGCUUGAAGUCUGUGUAUCGAGGAUUCAAUCCUACUAUUCUAGGUGUCAUUCCCUAUGCUGGAAUCAGCUUCUUCACUUAUGAGACACUAAAGAAGCUACAUGCGGAGAAUAGCGGCAGGGCUCAACCAUACCCUUUUGAACGUCUGCUGUUUGGAGCCUGCGCUGGACUCCUUGGUCAGUCGGCCUCUUACCCACUGGAUGUAGUGAGGAGACGCAUGCAGACUGCUGGCGUAACUGGACAUACAUACAGCUCCAUACUUGGAACCAUGCAGGAGGUGGUGGCAGAAGAAGGCCUUAUCCGUGGACUGUAUAAAGGCCUCAGCAUGAACUGGGUAAAGGGGCCAGUGGCAGUCGGUAUAAGCUUUACUACCUUUGAUCUCACACAGAUUCUUCUGAAGAAGCUCCAGCGAGUGUCUGAUGUUCAACGGUAGAGUGGACGGUCAUUUUGAUGGUACUUUUUAACCUGUUUGCUGUUUCGGAAAGAUCCUUUUGACACUGAAGACGUUAGAAACACAAAUUUCUUCUUCCCAGUGUGAAGGAAAAGGUUGGCUUUGCGUUUUUGAAGGAAGUGGUGCUAGUUUAGUUAGCCAAAACAAUAUGGCUACAGGAGAAACAUUGCUGUUGCUAAAAGAGGAGAUAGCAGUGCCAUUGUAUGGAAUGGGGGUGUAGUGGAAGCUGUCUCAGAGAUGCUCAUUAGCCUUUCUGUGCCCUGCUUCCUUGUCUGCCAGAGAUGCCUCGUGCUGGCUUUACCCUUUCUUAAUAAAUCUCUUCUAGACACUUGAAUACCAGUAAUGCAGGCAGUAUCUAAAAUCAAAACGGAUAUUUGGGGCUUCAAGGGCUGCGGUACCGGUUCAAUAAACAGGAUAGUACAAGCCAAAUGUACCAUCGUUUACCACAAUUUCACUUGUAUUUUGAAAGACACAAAUUCUAAUUGUACCCUUUCAGCUGCAGUAAAAGAUGUAAAGUGCCAUUAUUGUGAAAAAUAUGUAUACUUGCACAUAGUUGUGCACAUUUUGUCUACGCUCCUAAGUAUGCUGCUUGUUUGCUGUGUGUUUGUGUACAAGUAGGCACUUUAUACACAUGGAAAUUUGUUAUGUGCCUACACGUUCAUAUGAAUAAGGAUGUCUGUUGGGGAUUAAUAAUCCCUAUUUACCAGUAGUUUUAUACCAAAAGGUUAGGGUGAUAAGGGUUUACGGGGAUCACAGCAGCCUUCUGUACUGGGCAGAGCAGCUGUAGGACAUUUGCUUACCUUGUGCCUACUCUGUCCCAUUAGCUGAACCCCUGUCAUAAUUCAGCUAAUGGAUCCAGAUAAUUCUAGGUCUCUUUUAGGGCAGGUUCACCCAUUAAAAGCUAUAGAAAACUGACCAGUGUGAACCUAGCCUUAAAGGAGUUGCACAGGAUUAGACCACCAUGUCUUUUGGCGCCACACCUUAUCCACGCUCUGUGUGUAGUAUUUACAGCCAAGCUGAAAUAUGAGAUACAACUCAUGGACAGGUGUGGCGGAGUUCUUGUAAGAAAGCAGCCAUGUUUUUCUAAUCCUGGACAAUGCCUUAAAACUUACACAGUUGUUAAUUGUGAGUGUUCUGAAACUGUAACUGUACAGUGCCCACCUAUCUCAGUCAGUCCCAUAGAUGGAUGCGUGACCCCGGACCCCUGUUCUCUUGAUUGGUGGAGGCCACAGCAAUCUGACAUUACUCACCUAUUCUGUGGGUAGAUAAGUGUCUUACGUGGGCCAACCCCUUUAGUGCCCUAUUACACUGCCCACGCAGGAUGAGAGCUGAUGAACAAACACGUUGAUCGGCGUUUGUUUUCAUCGGCCUAUUACACAGACCAAUGCAUAGUGAAUGGGAAAGAAAUGAUCGCUACCGCAGACAUUUCUCUCUUACUCUGCUCUGUUGAUUAUUGGCAGCACAUCCCUGAUCAUACAUGGACAUGAGCUGCUAAUAAUAAUGCAUUUUUUAUUCUGAUGAACAAUGCAAAUCAUCUGACAAAUGUGAUUGCUCAUUUAUUGGCUGAUUGGCAGCACAAUUAUACAGGGCAAUUGUGUGGAAUGCUUGUUCUCAAUAAUUGACCCACAAAGACGUUUGGUCUCAUAGGGCCCUUGAGGUGGCUUUACACAUUGGAUAAGAGUUGGUUGACAGUUGAACAUCAGUUGACUCAACAAUCAUCUGGUGAAUGUUCCUUUCAUAGACGUGACCACACAGAUUAUAGUCCAUAUUGGCCGUUACAGUUGUUCAGACUGGCCAUACACAUUCAGUUAAACCGGGCAAUGGAUGAAUGAUCUUUCUGGGAACGUUCUUUCAAAGAAAGAUCUUUUGUUCACAAAUAAUCUUUCUUUGAAUGAAAGAAUAUCAAACACGGCCAACUUCUUUUCAGGCGCUGAUGGUCUGUCAUCUGUCGGCUUAGGCUACUUUCACAUUCGCGUUUGGUGCGGAUCUGUCAUGGAUCUCCACAGACAGAUUUAUUCAGAUAAUACAACCGUCUGCAUCCAUUCAGAACAGAUGCGUUUGUAUUAUCUUUAACAUU